AUGAGUUCUUCAUCAAGCUCUCGUGAACCUUCACCAUCUAUGAAACAAACUUUACCAUACGAUUAUGGAGCACCUAUUGAAUAUUUCUUACGAGCUGCACAAUGGCAAAGAGCAGUCUCACCAAGGUUAGGUGUUCCACCAGCUCCUGUCAAAAAUAGCAUUUGGUCAAGUCCUUAUAUAAGAUAUGGUCUCCCACUAGGUUUGCUAGCUACAGCAGGAGCAGUUAUGAUGUUGAAAAGAAAUAAAGCAAAUGUUGUAAAUAAUACUGAAGUAGCUGAA